AAAAGAAAAUUAAAAAAAAUGGGCAGGAAAAAACCUUUAAUGGCUUUCAGCAUAUAGAGAAUAAACCUCCAUUUAUGUAGAGUUUCGCAGAAAGUGUACGCACCAAACUCUAGUAAGGUCGCCCAUUUCAGUUUCAGAAAAGGGUCGUAACAUUUGGCGUAGUUGAGUCCGGGAAGUUCUUCUCUUGUGGAAAGUUACAGUAAUCAAAUGGAAUCCGACAGGUUGAACUCACCCAACACAUUUACAAUGGAUUUGGAAGUAAUGGGUCAUGAGUUGCAGUUUGUUCAGGAUCCUAACUCAAAGCAUCUAGGCACUACGGUUUGGGAUGCAUCACUGGUAUUUGCCAAGUUUCUGGAAAAGAACUCCAGAAGGGGAAAGUUCUCCCCGGCAAAACUUAAAGGGAAACGUGUCAUUGAACUUGGAGCAGGUUGUGGAGUAGCUGGGUUUGGCAUGGCAUUAUUGGGGUGUGAUGUGGUUAUGACAGAUCAAGUUGAGGUAUUGCCAUUGCUUAUGAGAAAUGUUGAACGGAAUACUUCAAGGAUUACACAGAUAAAUUCUGCUUCUGAGUCAUUUGGUUCUGUCCAGGUAGCUGAGUUAAGUUGGGGAAAUGAGGAUCAUAUAAGAGCAGUUGAUCCACCAUUUGACUACAUCAUUGGCACUGACGUUCUAGCUGAUCCAUUUGACUUCCUUGGAUUUAAGGUUUACAAAGAAGAUCUCUUGGAGCCACUAUUACAGACAAUAUUUGCAUUGUCAGGGCCUAAAACUGCAAUUUUGCUGGGCUAUGAGAUUCGUUCUACAAAUGUCCAUGCGCAAAUGGUUGAGAUGUGGAAAAGACACUUCGAGGUGAAACUUGUUCCAAAUUCUAAGAUGGAUAGUACCUACCAACACCCAAGUAUUCAACUUUUCAUUAUGCGAUUGAAAUCUCCAUAUGCAGAAAAAAUAGUUGAGUGGACAGAUCAAGACCUUGAUGAAGUGGAGACAGCGGAGAAUACAGCCGGGGUGGUGGAUGAGAAAGUUGAUACAAACGCAGUUAGAAGCAAUGAAGAAAAAGGAAAAAUUUCUCUCUUUCUGGAAAUGUUGAAGAAAAUUGUGAGCCAGUUCCAUUACCUCAGAAUGGUAAACGUACUGAUUGGGAAGCUAGAAGAUAUGGCUCAAUGGCUGCACGGCUUCUGCAUGAUGUCAAAAUCACAUAAUUCUUUGUGAUUUAGUUACUUUCUGUUGUCAUGUUGCUUGCCUGGUUGGGUCUGAAAUGCUUAUCUAGUUUUGACCCCAAAAAAAAAAAAGAAUUAGUGUUCAGUAGUUUAGACCUGAAAUUCAUUAGUGGCUGUAUUUUCAGAUCCCAUGGCCAUCAGCUACAUAUAGUGCUAAAAUGCCAAGGAUACUCAGUGCCCUUGGUGAUUUAAAGUGCUGGUCCAAGAUAUCCAAAGUCUAGCUCAUCAUUUUCUGUGCAUAUCUUAUAAGCAUAUCUGGAGAGAAGCCAACUUCUUGGUAGAUGCUUUGGCUAGUCUUGGUCAUU